CAGUUAGCUUUUUGAGUGGCUGCUCAAGAACGUUAAAUACCGUCGACAGCGUCGUUCAGUUGAAAAGAAGAUCUGAGAUCUUGCGACCGCAUCACGAAGGCAACUGCAGUUGCUGGGAAUACGAUUCGUGCCUAGUAGGGUCGAUUCGAAGAUUUGGAGCAAAACGUGAGCGGUCUUGACUGCAGGGUGUUUUGUUGUAGCCGUUCGAGAAAGAAGACCGGCCUGCCGACGGAGGCCUGUCGACGAAGCGAAAGAGAGACCGCCGUCGUGGCUGCACUCCGGUAUACGCGGAACGGCGUAUCCAGUGGUGGUGCGCAGGUGGAAGAAGGUCGGAAGGUUACGAGAGCGCAGACGCGACUGAAAGCAUCGAGGAUAGCACCCGGCGCGAUACCGAAGUACCGGACAGAGCUAGCUCGCCCGCAUUGCCGUAUUCGUCUGCCAGCGUGUCAGGUAGCAGGCAACAGCCAUUGGGGGAACGGCACACUCUCGUCCGGGUGUCCAGCGCCGUCGACCACAUAAUCGCGGGAGUUCCGAUUUCGCGGUGCAGCCGUGUCCUGACCGCGGCGACGUCACAGCAAUCCGCAGUCACAGCGUAUACGUCGACGUCUCGGGAAACCGUCGGCGCCGCUUUCCCGCGCUCGGUACCAAGCAUACGCACGCUCUCGUCGUCGACGCGUCACCUGCUCGACCACGAAUCCCGCGGCACAAAUGAUGAAGGGGCGUCAUCAAUUUCGCCGUCGUUUCAGUCUGCAGCCCUCAUCGCCCUUGAAAGAGGGGCAAGAAGAUGGAACGACGAAGAAUGUCAGGAAUAACUCCGACAGACUGUCGGAGUCGGACAGUAGUAGCGGAAAGUCGGUCGAGAGCUCGAUUCGGCACAAGAUUGUCAUGAUGGGCGCGGCGAAGGUCGGCAAGUCCGCGAUAAUAAAUCAGUUCCUUUACAACACCUUCACCCCCAAGUAUAAGCGCACCGUCGAGGAGAUGCAUCACGGUGACUUCAAUCUUUCCGGGAUCCACCUGACUCUCGACAUCCUGGACACGUCUGGCUCGUACGAGUUCCCUGCGAUGAGAGAACUGUCGAUCAAAUCGGCUGACGCCUUCGUUCUGGUUUACGACGUCAACGACUCUAAUACGUUUCUCGAGGUGAAGACCCUUAGAGGCCAGAUACUCAACAUGAAGGGCGCCGUACCAAUCGUGGUCGUCGGUAACAAGAUCGACCUUGUGGAGGCAAAACAGGAGGUGGAGUCGGAGAGCACGAGAGACCUAGUGAUCAUCAAGUGGGAGAACGGUUUCGUGGAGGUGUCUGCAAAGGAGAACCUCAACAUCAGCCAAGUGUUCAAGGAGCUGCUCAUCCAGGCGAAGCUCAAGUACAAUCUGAGCCCAGCGCUGCAACGUCGCCGCCGGCAAUCCCUGCCGCCCCCGCCACACAUAAACUCGCGCAGCAGCAGCGGCACCCACGUGCCGUCCGCAGCUCAGCUGCAACACCUGGAGCAGAUUCGCGAACGCUCCGAGUCCAAGAGGAACUCCUGCAUCCUGUCGUAAAGAGCGAGAGACUUCCUUCUAUAUCCGAUGAGCACGCGACCGAUUAGCGAGAUCGUCGUCGGAAUUUCGUAUUCGAGAAUCGUCCAGGUGCGACGCGCGACAGGUGGUUAAUUAGCUCGAGGAGUCGGUAGGGUCUCGUCGCGUGCCGUAGACUAAAGAUGCGCGCCAUGGAUACUGAUUAUGAUUCGCGGCUACUCGGGAUGUGACCCCGAAUAAAUCAGUACUCAUCGAGCAUCGACGUGAUGCUCGAGCAAGUCGACGUGAGAACACGCGUACUCGAGGAAGUCUCACUCUCUGUCAUUCGUUUCAUUUACAUGUCGAGUUACGGGUCUUCUGCACGAGGAAUGGCAUCUUAACGGAGCAAUGAGCACGAUAUGUGUACUGAGAAAAAAUACUUGGAAAUCUCUUUGUGUUGGAUAUGAAGCUGAAUAUUUCCAGAAAUAAACUUUAUAUUUCCCACAAAUGGGAUAUAUAAGGGGGAUAUCACGGUGGAAUACAUAAAGUCUCCUUGAAAUAUAAGUGAAUAAAUGUCAAAUAAUGAAAUGUAUUUUCAAGUAUCUUUUCUUCAGUGUGUAAGAAUAUUUCUAUCUAAUUUGGAAACUUCGAAUCUUUGAAAAACUGAAUCUCUAACGUCCUAGGCGACCACGUGGAACUUCUUUCGAUAUGUGUAAAAAUAUUUGAAUCUUGUCUGACGAAUAUAACAUAGGGAGGAAUUGCAUUCAGGCGCAUUUUCGUUCGAUCUGUGCGAACACUCUUGUCGCUCUGAUGAAAACGCACGAAUACACGACUUCGUCGAAAAGAUAUCUUAAGAGAAAGAGAGAGAGAGAGAGAGAGAGAGAGAGAGAGAGAGAGAGAGAGAGAGGAGUCGAUAAGAUAUCCGUGAUAUGAAUAAUAAAUGAAGCACCAUGGGCAAACUUCCAUGGGUGAUCACUUCCUCCCUUGUGAUAACUGUCCGUUCAGAUAACGAACGAUUUCCAAAAGUCAAUUUCCAUUGUCGAUAUCGAGUUUGUUUCAUCGAGCACGCGAGAAGAAUAUUUCAUAGACGUAGAUAUAUCAUGCGGUUUCUAUUACUGACUCCCUUGCAAGCGACUACUCUCCACCACUUUGCCGCGAACACGAGACGGACUGACUAGAACCACGAUGAAGCAAGAUGCGACCCUGAAACAUCGGCGCAUUCGUAACAAGACCGAGAUCAGUCGUUCGAGAAUUAGAUUUGUUCGAUUGAAAGAUCCUAUCAGCGCGAACAAAGGAUAAAAUUUAAUCGAAAGUUCGCGUUGGUUCCAAACGCGAACUAGAAGGAAUCGGAUCGAGGAGAGGCACACGCGAACCUAAAGAAUUACAAACGCAAAAAAAUCGAGCUAAUCUUUGUAUUUAUAGAAAAUGAAAUUACAUAAACUAUACGAAAAUGUAAACCUACAAUACUUGUCGGGAGAAAUUGUUGACUUUCAAUACGCGUAAAGCUUUCAAAGAUGUGGGAGAAGUUUUGUUACUACACCUAUUCGCAUUAAGAUACAUUAAACGAAACUUUAACAAUAAUACGUUACGCACGAUCUUUUUUCUGUAUUGUCUUUCGACUGCAAUCUGUGGAGCGAUUAUUACCCAACAAAAAGAAAAAAAAACGUAAUUGCAGUUUCGCUCUCGUCUAUGGAAUUUACAUGAACUAUCGUGAUCCCGAAUUAUGUAAUUACGUAGCUUUAUUGUGACGUUCGUGUACUCUAAUAUCGUGUUUCAGGGUUAUUUCUCACUGCCCGCUCUUUUAUUAUCAUGAAUUAUACGUAUACAUUGUAAAAUUCGAAAAGAUAAUAUUACGAGAUCUCGUCUCUACUAGUCAUACUUGUAAAGUAAGAAAAUUGGCUUUUAUCUCCUUAUUAUUUGUAUAUGGAUGUAUGCAACACUUUGUUAAAACUUAUUAGAAAUAUCAUUUCUACGAAUGUGUGUCCGUUUAUUUACGAUGUGUGUCAGGAGAAACGAUAACGACGAAGGGGAAGGAAGUAACGAGACAAAGAGUUGUAUCACGUGAAUGAGCGAAUAAACACGUAAUCUCGCGUAUUUAUACGAUCGCAUUGAUCGGAUUUAUUAGACUAAAAAGGGAAGCAACUUGUUCUGUCUAUCGCACGGUACGUUAGACAUUUCGAAUAUUUUUAAUCUCGACAUGCUGAAUAGAAAAUAUAUGCAAGAAAUAUAUACAUAUAUAUAUAUAUAUAUAUAUAUAUAUAUAUAUAUAUAUAUACACACACACACACACACACACACACACACACACACACUAAUAUAUACUUGAAUGUAUGUACCGAGCGCGAGUCCGUACCCUUAUGUUUAGCGUAUCAAUAAUUAUUCUAAUAAUAUUCGAUAAGACAUUUUUCCAGCUACUAUUCAUAACAAAAUUUCUAAAGAAAGAGUUUAAUGUAAAUAUUGUCCAUAUAUAAUGUACUUUAUUUUGAAACUAAAACGCGAUUAGGAUUAGGAUGUAUUUCUUUCCAAGUGUGCAUUCUCGACACAAAUAUGGAAAUAUAUACAUAUAUAUAUAUAUAUAUAUUUAUAUAUAUAGUAUACAUUCCAACCAAUUGUCCAACUAAUAAACAUUGUCGGUUGUUUUAAAUCGGAAAUUUGGAAAUUGUUAGUGAUCUGCUAGAUAAUUGGUGAAAUUGAUAUAUACGCGCAAAUUGAUAUAUCCACUGUCGAAUUUCAUAAAACACCAGCGAACUGUACGAGAAGCGAUUGCGUGUGCUUGUUAAUGUAAUACUUAGAUACGUGUUAGUAGAAACAUGUUAGAUUGUUUGUCUCGUAGAUUAUUCUCUCUCUUUCUCUCCAUGAAUAUUCGAUUAUGUUCAAUAUUACUUUUAACCUUCUACUUACUAUUCCAAGUUGAUGCUUACUAUAAAUAACAAGAGAAUUUUGUCACUCGACUUCUCUAUCGGGAACACUAACGAAUGCCGUCAAUAACUGUCGUAAGAUUUAAUGAGUUAACUUCCAAUGUAACGUUCAAUUCCCUGUCUUCACGCGACUCGAAGACUAUUUCUUUGUCUUGACGCGAACCAUCGUCACGUAUGUCUCUUUAUUUAUUAUUAAAGAGAAGAAGCAAAUUAUUAUUAACGAGAAGGAAGAAAAUAUAUAUUUCAGUCGCGCCUGCCGCGUUUUAGAGAAGAGUAUUAAAUAUUUAUAUAUAGAUGAUAUAAAAUAUUGUGACGUUGGUAUCUUACUACCUUGAGACCCACAUUGGGUUUAAUUUUACACGAAUGUACACACGAUUAAGCACCUUAGCGUAACUUUAAGGAUUGAUUAUAUAUAUAUAAAUGUGUAUGUGUGUGUGUGCCACUGAUUCGAUGUUUCGUUAGUAUUACAACGUAGUUUGCAAGUUCCAUCUUAAUGGAUAUGACUAGUUACAUAGGAGACGAUAACUCGGACUUGAUCGAUUCGAAAGAAAUAUAUUUUGGAUCUUAUUCCUGCUGUGCAUAUUUUCCUUCAACACCCUGGUAAAAAAAAGUUGAUAGAAUAAAAUUCUAUCGUUCUACCGUUUUCUAACGUUUUGAAUAUGGAUUUUGGUUCGUGAAUUCACAAAUGUGAAUAGUAUUCUAUCGUAUAUAAUAGAAUACUAUUCACAUUUGUGAAUUCACGAACCAAAAUCCAUAUUUAAAACGAUAGAAAAUGAUAAAACGAUAGAAUUUUAUUCUAUCGUUCUCUAUCAACUUUUUUUACUAAGGCAGGCAAAAUUCAUUUCAUUCUAUACGAGACGACGACACUGCACUGAGAGAAAAAAUACCUAAUAAAUAGUAAAUAUUUAUAUAAUGGGUAUAUCAUCAGCAUAGAGCUGCUGCUUUGUACUAAUAUAUAUAAAAUAUUUUUCAAAUAAGAAAAUAUACAUUUUCCUGAAACCUUAAGAAAACCUUAAUUUUUCAUGGAAGCAAUUAUAUAUAUUUAUUCUACUUAAAUAAGAUAAUUUAGAUUUAAGUAAAUGUGCUAAUAUAUAUAUAAUACCCACCAAAUAACUAUUUGCCAAUUUCUAGAUAUUUUUUCUCUCAGCUACAAGCAUAUUGAUAACGUACAGCAGAUUAAGCGUACAGCAGAUCGUAGAAUAGAAUGCGUUAUUUUCUUAUAAAUAUUCCGGCGUAUCUCUCUCCUCCUACGAACAGCGAAGAAAAGAAACAUCCCAUACAGCACAAAUCUUCAAAGAACAUUCUAAAAACAUUUUAAGGAUAUUCAUACAUCCUAAGAAUGUCUCAGAACAUUCUCUGAACAUUUUGUACUAUCUGGGAUAAAGUCAAGAGAUAUGUCGCCAAAAUGUCCGAUUAUAAUAACAGACCUGUGCGAAUUGUAACUAAAGCUUAUAUCUAUCCUAUGAAUACAGACGAUAUAACAAUA